UUAGAAUAUUGUUGUCAGAUAAAAUAUCACGUCAUGUCAGCAAGUAUUACGAAGGAUGUAAACAAAAGAAUGCUGAAUCCCCUGGGCAGAUGUACACUUCUACAGGUAUUGAAAGCUUUGACAAGUACGGUAACAGGGGAAGAAUAGAGUAUAAUCCCCAAGGUGAGGGUGUAUUGGAUGAUCCUGCAUGUGGAUGCUUACUCUGCAGGAAAGAGGGGGAAAGAGUGGGUCCCACUCUCCCUUCCUCACAUCAAACAGCGAUUGGCUCCUACGGAGUAAAUCUCCUAUCAGAGAGCUACCUAUACCGUCCUCACUUAUCCCACUGACGGAGGAGGGAGCACGGAGAAAAAAAAGCCAGCUGACCCCCACAGACAAAAUACAGUGAGUUUCCUACAUGUGUUUUUGUUUGCCUGUGUUUGUGUCCGUGUGCAUGUGUACGCUUGUGAGUGCGUGUGGGUACCUCUGCCAUCUCUGGUUUCGUUUAGGGUAUUAAAUUACCCAGUGGGAGCUUUAAUAGAGCUAGAGACACUCUUGAUUGUGACUCUGGAUGAGGGAGAGAUUGAAGGAAAGAAGGGGAAGCACAGCAGAGCUGCCAAGCAGGGUAGAGAGGGUACAACAACUUCUACAGAGCCGGGGACACGGAUUACACAGAGGACUGAAUCCAAAAGUUGUGUACAGCUGCCUGAAUGAUAAUCAGGAGGAGGGAGGCCCUGCCAGCAUCUUCAGUGUGGCACUGGUUCUGGUGUCCCCUCUGUCUCCUGCAGUCGAACCAGGCUGAUAGACAGAGCUGUGGCUAGCGACAAGAAAGGGGAUGGAGGUGCCGCUUGUUAAUUUUGAGAACAUGGAUGAUGUCGGCAUCAACCUGGGAGACCCGAGUGACUCCGGGUACCCGACCUCACCUGCCUCAGAGGCCCCCGAUCAGAAUCUUUUACCCCAUCGUCUGACUUCUCCCCACCAGUCGCCACAUAGAGGACGACGUGGGCAUCAGUCUGGUCAAGAAGGGUUGUCACCGUCCAGUCCUCCGUCUCUAACCACUAAAGCAAACUCCAGCAGUGCCAGUUUGAUCUCUAAUCUGAAGCUCCUCAUCAAUAGUGAGUCUCCCACUGACAGCGUCUUCAGUAAGAUGGCGAAGGAUUGCUAUGAGAAUGAAGAUUUAUUUGAAAAGCAUUGCAUGGAAGAGAAAGACGAGAAAGUUGUUAUCAAUAUUUCAGGCUUGAUGUUUGAGACACAGAUCAGCACCCUGAAUAAAUUUCCAGAGACACUGCUCGGUGACCCCAUGAAGAGGAUAAGCUACUUUGACCCGAUGAAAAACGAGUACUUUUUUGACCGAAAUCGUCCGUCUUUUGAUGGCAUUCUGUACUACUAUCAGUCAGGGGGGAGAAUCCGCAGACCAGCCAAUGUUCCCUUAGAUGUUUUUGCGAAUGAAAUAGUUUUCUAUGAGUUGGGUCAUGAAGCGAUGGAGCAGUUCCGUGAAGACGAAGGGUUUGUCAAAGAGCCAGAGGUCCUUCUGCCUACCAAUGAACUCCAACGACAAUUCUGGCUCCUGUUUGAAUACCCAGAAAGCUCCAGUGCAGCCAAAUCUGUAGCUCUAGUUUCUGUGUUUGUCAUCGUCAUUUCCAUCUUCAUCUUCUGCCUAGAGACUCUGCCAGAGUUCAGGGAUGACACUGACUUUGUCACGGGUUUAACUCAAAUCAUCAACGGGACCCAAGACAGUUCUCCUCCUCAUUCCGCCACUAAAGACGUGAUGGCGUAUAUAACGGACCCCUUUUUCAUUGUGGAGACUAUUUGCAUCAUUUGGUUCUGCUUUGAAGUCGGUGUACGUUUUGUGGUGUGCCCCAGCAAAAGUGAUUUCUUCAAUAACAUCAUGAAUAUCAUUGACAUUGUCUCCAUAAUUCCCUACUUUGUAACCCUGGGAACAGAGUUAGCUACAACCCCUGAUGAUGAUAUGAACUCUGGUCAGAACAUGUCCCUGGCAAUCCUAAGAAUCAUCCGUCUAGUGAGAGUCUUCAGAAUUUUUAAGCUCUCCCGGCACUCAAAAGGUCUUCAGAUCUUGGGACAGACUUUGAAAGCUAGUAUGAGGGAACUUGGACUGCUCAUCUUCUUCCUUUUUAUAGGAGUCAUCCUAUUCUCAAGUGCCAUCUACUUUGCAGAAGUGGAUGAGCCCCAGACGCAGUUUGUUAGCAUCCCUGACGGCUUCUGGUGGGCUGUGGUGACAAUGACCACUGUGGGAUACGGAGACAUGUGCCCCAUCACAAUGGGAGGCAAAAUGGUCGGCACCCUCUGUGCCAUUGCUGGUGUCCUGACCAUUGCCUUGCCCGUCCCCGUCAUCGUCUCUAACUUUAACUAUUUUUACCACCGUGAAACUGAGCAGGAGGAGAAGCAGAUAAUGGAUGCGGCGGCAGAGGCUGCCCUGAAAAUGUCAGCUGCAAACAAGUAUGGAAGCACACCCUCACUAAACAAAAGUAACGGCACCUGGCAGAAUGAGAAAAAUGGCAUGCACUGAUAGAGAAACUAAAGAUUUAUAUCAAGGGCAUGAACACAUGGACAGACAAACAUAUCCAGUAGUAAGAUGCACUGGGGGAUAUCAGUUUAUCUUUCUCACUAUUUUGUACUCCAAACAUGACAGCAUUUGUGCAUAUUGUAACAGUAUUAAUAGGCACUGUGUAGUGAGACAGCCUUUACACAAGUUGUCUGUCUGCUCGUGGAUGUGUCAAAGUGCAAUUAAAACAACUCAGCAACUACUAGGUAACCUUGGUGAGAAGAACUCAAAGGUACAAUUAUUAUCUUUCAUCCAGUGCAAUUUGAAGAAAAAGGGUGAUGGCUCAUUUACACUACAGAAAGGUUGUCCUUGUAGAGAAUUGUACAAGUGAAAGGCAGAGAAAGUUGUAAAUUUGACCAAAAUGUCCUUAACGUCUGUAUCACAGUAAGUUUAUCCCACAAAAGAAAUCCAAAACGGUUUUGAUAAUCGUAGCAUUUAAACUGGAAGUAUACUCUGAGCUCAUAUUACAACACAUUUCCAUGUUAGUCUAAACUUUGUCAUAUUCAGCAAAAUCUAGGUAGAACUUGGCAUGACUUUCAAGGUCGUGCAGAAUUUGUCCAGUGUAAGGCAAGAGGACCUCAGCGCACACAUUGUCUUAUCAGCAAAUCUAUAGUUGUGAAUGCUCAGCUGGCAGCACUUCUCCAUAUGACACAGCGUAACAAUAUCUGUGUGAUUAUUAGCUGGCACAUUAGCUCGUCUGACAUUAGACUUGUAGAUAGGCUGCAGAAUAUUAAUCAAAACCAUGAAACUGCUUAACACUCACUGUAUUAUAGUACAUGCAGUAGUUGCAUGCAGCAGUUUCAGCGUUUAUAAUCACAGCAUAUUUUUAUCUACAUGGUUUAAUUUUUAUUAUUUGGCAUUUUUCACCAGAUUAUGCAGAUUUAGACCAUAACCAAAACCAUAUCAUUGCACUGAAUGUUUUUUUUUUCUCCACAUAUCUCUUAAGCACUUUUAGAGCUUUACACCAUCAGCUGUUGGCAGGGAAAACAUUUAUCAGAGUGUAUAGAAAUGUGAGAUGAGGUAUAUAUUUGUGAUCAGACUGAGAGAUUCAAGGAGAGGGCAAAGACAAAAAACAACAACUUUGCACUCUUUUAUCUGAACAUUUCUCCAUUUACGUUUGUUCUCUUGUUGGUAUUGCAUGGCAUAGUGUGCCGAAAUGAGGUUUAACUCUUUUUAUCAGUAACUGAAAGUUUGACACAUUUAUUGUAGCUAAAUAUAUUAUAGUAUUUUAAUCAUAUAGGGAUGACCAAUUUAUUCCAUGUGAUAGGGAAAGCCAAUACUUAAGCUGGAUCUGUGAAAUGAUGACAUUUGUGUGUCAUCAGGAAAAUGAAUUGGUACUAUGUAUGCAUGCCACAUUCCAAUCUCGAAAUGUACUGUAUGUGAGUUUAUUAUACAUAUAAAUACAGCUUGUAUAGAAAUGGCAGUGGAUGUAGUUGUAACACAAUCAAUGCCUUUCUAAUAAUCCUACAAUAUGCAAUAAUGAUGAGGUGCGGGUGGAAAACAAAUACGUUGUAUUUUCCACCAAUGGAAAGAACAAUACAUGUCAUUAAAAUGAAAUGCAAUAAGGUGACAUCAGUUAGUCACGUUGGUACUCAGCACUUUACUAUGUUAUGAAGCACUUAAUAUUUGAGGACUGUUACUGUAUGUGUCAACAUUGUACAGUAUGCAAUGUCAUAAUUUGCAAUGUUUUAUUUAUCCUGUAAAGAGUGCCUUUCAUUAAACAUGUAUUCUAACUGUGAAAA